CUACUGGACCCAGAAAGCUCACCACAACCACAACACUCUCCCUAUCUAUCUAUCCUCCACCCUGCUCUGUUCCACCAGAGCACGGCCAUGGCUCUCCGCCACGUCACUCUCCUCCUCCUCCUGGUCCUCCUCUCCAUCUGGGCUCCGCAUUCAGAUGCCGGCUCGGUCGGAGUGAACUACGGAAGAAUCGCCGACAACAUCCCCUCCGCCUUCAAGGUCGCCUCCUUCCUCAAGUCCCAGGGCUUGGAGCGGGUCAAGGUCUUCGACUCCGACCCGGCUGUCCUCCGUGCCCUAUCCGGAUCCGGCAUCAAAGUCACCGUAGAUCUACCCAACGAGUUCCUCUCCUCCGCCGCCAAGACACAGAUGUUCGCCACCAACUGGGUCCAGCGCAACGUCGUCGCCUACCACCCCAACACUCAAAUCGAAGCCAUCGCAGUCGGGAACGAGGUCUUCGUCGACACCCAUAAUACCACCAAGUACCUCAUCGCCGCCAUGAAGAACAUCCACGCCGCCCUCGUCAAGUUCGACCUCGCCUCCGAUAUCAAAGUCUCCUCCCCCAUUGCCCUCAGCGCCCUCCAGAACUCCUACCCCUCCUCCGCUGGGUCUUUCCGACCCGAGCUCGUCGAGCCCGUCUUCAAGCCCAUGCUCGACUUCCUCCGUCAAACCAAGUCCUACCUCAUGGUCAACGCCUACCCCUACUUCGCUUACGAGUCCAACGCUGACGUCAUCUCCCUGGACUACGCUCUCUUCCGCGAGAAUCCCGGCGUGGUCGACGCCGGCAGCGGCCUCAGGUACUUCAGUCUCUUCGACGCGCAGAUCGAUGCUGUUUUCGCCGCGAUGAACGCGCUGAAAUACGACGACAUUGAGAUGGUUGUUUCCGAGACCGGCUGGCCUUCUAAGGGAGACGAGAAUGAGGUCGGAGCCAGCAUUGAAAACGCCGCUGCCUACAACGGCAACCUCGUCCGUCGGAUCCUAACCGGAGGUGGGACCCCGCUGCGCCCUAAGGCAGAUCUGACCGUCUAUCUCUUCGCGCUUUUCAACGAGGACAGGAAGUUCGGGCCCACGUCGGAGAGGAACUACGGGCUGUUCUUCCCCAACGAGAAGAAAGUCUACGACAUCCCGUUCACCGUGGAGGGUCUCAAAAACUACCACGACCACAAGUCCCCUGUCUCCGGCCACCAGCACGAGACUUCUCCGGUGCCGGACACUGGCAGCGGCGACGUGGUGAAAACUCUGACCGGGAACACGUGGUGCGUGGCGAAUGGUGAGGCCGGUGAGGAGAAGCUUCAGGCGGCUCUGGAUUUCGCUUGCGGAGAGGGAGGGGCGGACUGCCAUCAGAUCCAGCCAGGCUCCACGUGUUACGAUCCUAACACGCUCGAGGCUCAUGCUUCGUUCGCGUUCAACAGUUACUACCAGAAAAAGGCGCGAGGAGCCGGCACGUGCUCUUUUGGCGGGGCGGCCUACGUAGUCUCGCAGCCACCUAAGUAUGGGAAAUGUGAGCUGCCCAUUAGCUGAAGGGAGAAGUAAGAAUAUGAGGACGGGCUAAUAGCUGUGUUUAGAUUUGCUAAUUGUAGUAGUGGGGGUUAUUGUUUUUGAUAAUUUUUUUCUUUAUGGUACUUGAAUGUUUUUGUACACCCUUUUAUUAACGGUAACUAUGAUGUUCAUAUCUAUAUAAUACAUUUCAGUUUCCUAA